AAACAAGAGAAUUACAAAGAAUUAGUGAGCAAUGGGUUGUUUUGAAAAAGUUAGAUAAGUUCAAUCAACAUAACAGCAGUUGGUUUAAUGAGGUCACAUCCCACUUCACUAUUGAUAAAAUCGCAAAGUACCUUGUUUCUUAUUAUAGAUUGACACAAGAUCCAGAAACUGGUGAUUUUAUGUUAGUUCUGGAUAUAUAUGAUUGUGAUUUACGAAAAUAUUUGCGAAAUGAUUCAUUAAAUCUAACUUGA